GACUCGGACUCAGAGGCAGAGUGCUAGUAAUCGCGGGAGCAGAAGAAGAGUUUCGGGUCUCGAUCGGUGGUUCUCGACAUCGUCGCCGCGCUUUCCAAUUCGAAGUUCGAACCCAAGAGGACGAAAGAUGACGGAAACGAAGCCGACGGAGUCGAGCGCACUGAAGAAGGCGCUGAUUUCCGGCAUCACCGGGCAGGAUGGGUCGUACCUGACGGAAUUCCUAUUGGGCAAGGGAUACGAGGUGCACGGCAUAAUCCGGCGGUCGUCGAACUUCAACACGCAGCGCCUGGAGCACAUCUACAUCGACCCGCACAACUCGUCGGCGCGCAUGAAGCUGCAUUACGGCGAUCUGACGGACGCAUCGGCUCUGCGGAAGUGGGUGGACAGCAUCUGCCCGGACGAGGUGUACAACCUGGGAGCGCAGUCGCACGUCGGGGUGUCGUUCGAGAACCCCGACUACACGGCCGACGUGGUGGCCACGGGGGCGCUGCGGCUGCUGGAGGCGGUGCGCGUGCACAUCGAGACCACGGGGCGACAGGUCAAGUACUAUCAGGCCGGGUCGUCGGAGAUGUACGGCGCCACGCCGCCGCCGCAGGACGAGAGCACGCUCUUCCACCCGCGCAGCCCCUACGCAGUCUCGAAGGUGGCCGCGCACUGGUACACGGUGAACUACCGCGAGGCCUACGGGCUCUUCGCCUGCAACGGCAUCCUCUUCAACCACGAGUCGCCGCGGCGCGGAGAGAACUUCGUGACGCGCAAGAUCACGCGCGCCGUGGGGCGAAUCAAAAUCGGGCUGCAGAAGAAGGUGUACCUGGGCAACCUGAAGGCGUCGCGCGACUGGGGGUUCGCCGGCGACUACGUCGAGGCCAUGUGGCUCAUGCUGCAGCAGGAGAAGCCCGACGACUACGUGGUCGCCACCGAGGACUCGCACACGGUCGAGGAGUUCCUGGAGGCCGCCUUCGGCUACGUCGGGCUCGACUGGAAGGACCACGUCGAGAUCGACCCCCGCUACUUCCGGCCGUCCGAGGUCGACAAUCUGCGCGGCUCGUCCGAGAAGAUCCGGUCGCUGCUCGGCUGGAAGCCCAAGGUCGACUUCCAGCAGCUCGUGGCCAUGAUGGUCGAGUCCGAUCUGGAGCGCGCGAAGCGCGAGAAGGUCCUGGCCGACAAUGGCUACAUCGCCUCCCACCAGCAGCCUUGAUCUGCCCCCACCCCAGCUCGCGUUUCCAUGAGCUUUCCGCCCCCCUCGGGAAGGGAGAAACUUGGCCACUCCCCUCUGAUCACAUUGAUCACAUUCUUUUCCUCUGGCCCUCUUCGGCCCGAGAGUAAGCGCAUAGAAUUUGGACUCGGUGAUUACAGGGACACAAGGUCCGCCUGCAACCCCCUACCUGGCCACUCCUCGUCCAGUCCGAUGGUCAUGCCUACACUACACUACAUUCACUCACAUUUAGGGGAAUUAGGCCAUUUUCUCUUAUACACGAUUGCAGUGCAGUAUUUCCCGACGAUGGGGUAUCUGUGAUGAAUUCCACACACUGUCAGGCGACAGGAAGAUAGACUUAGAGAGACACAAGGGCUUUCAGUAGAUCGGAGAAUCUGAACUGCCGGUCGAUAAACAUUUCAGAAAUGCACGAUGUCAAGCAUACAUCUGCGGCUGUAGCACGUAGUACUGUAUUUCAAUAUUAUCUAUAAACCAUGAUAUCGCUCAGCAGCCUAUGCGAUUAAUCAAAUUGUUUCCGCUCAAUCUAUUCCAUCUCUCAGGUCUUAAUAUUCACAAGUCCACCGAAGAGUUCGUAUCACUAUCGUGCCCGGCAUUGAGCUGAAGUGAACUUGAGCUUACGAUCAUUGAUGGUGCGAGUACUGGGAACACUGGAGCAUUGAACGGCACAAGAGAUCAUGCGGCGUUCCCCGUAUGUGAUGUUAUAAAAAUGACCCGUGCUAGCAGAUCCACGUGGUACUCAUCUCGGAAACAGGCACGCAAUUCUGGGCUCAAGCGUCGGGAACGCAGUUCGGUAAGGUCCACCAACGCAACCGAGCUGUAUAAACACCGAAACCAGAUGUUCUUUUGCCACGCGGGUUGCUGUGAAACAUAUCGUACGUGUAUAUAUAUUCAUCGAACUUGUUCAUGAUGGGGCGAUUCUAACAAAACGCUUCAGUUAAUUGAGUUUGAGUUUAUUACAUCUCCGGUACAUGGACCGACCCCAGGACGGAAG